GCGCUAAUACUUAAUGCGCAUGCGCGAAAAGGCGGCUCAGCUAACAACACUGGUCUGAACUGCUUCUAACGUGAUUUGCGGACAAAUUUAUUAAAUCUACCUUUUUCAAUUCUCGUCCAUUCCGAAGGGGAUAGUCGUCAGGUGCACAACGAUUGUCCCGAGUUCUUUUUUCAACUUGUUAUUUCGUAUUUCGUAUUUAACUCACUUUUGCAAUUGGCUAUAUCGAACCUGAAAGGGAUCGAGUACCAUUAAACACUAAGAAGUUCAAUUCUCGUCCUACGCCGGGCCUCUCCGGGGCCUGAGGCUUUUCCAAAUCUUCCGACAUUUUCGCAGCGUUCAAUUUCAAAUCGGUGGAAAUGUAGAAAAGUGCUCGCAGCGCCAAAAUGCCCAACCCUGACCAGAAGUGGACUACUUUGGAGCUUACUGGACUCGUAGAAGAUGAGGAUUCCCAUGUGUGCUUUCAAAGGACCACCAAACACCUCGCGUUACAUCCAUAUCAUUUUAAUGAUGUACAAAAAGCUUUGAACAGCAUUUUAGAUUCCUUUCGGAAUACAUACGACAGAGAUUUGGAAGGCUUUGUGCUCGACUUCAAAAAGCCCAAGUUGCUUAGCAAUCUAGGACAUACAUUUUAUGAUUCCCCCUUCAUUCAUGUUGAUGUGGAAGCAGACUUUUAUUUAUUCCGACCAACAGUUGGGUGUAUUUUAAAAGGUAUAGUGAAUAAAACAGGUGUGGAUCAUGUUAUAAUGCUGGUACAUAAAAUGUUUACUGUAUCUAUUCCAAAACAAUACAACAUGGAAGAAUGGCCAGGUGAUAAGGUAGAAGUUGGCCAGCAAAUUAGAUGCCACCUAACAGAAAUAAAUAAAUGGAGUAAGCUUCCUUUUAUUUGUGGUACUCUGAAGUCGGACUACUUAGAAGGCUGUAGAUUGUCAGAGAGUAUGAUUUAUCCUGACAAUGUGAUUGCUGCCGAUUUAGAUACAGCUUCUGUAUCUAGAGUCAAUGAAAAUGGAGAGAACACAAUCAAUAAUUUUCCUUGUGAAAGUUCUGAUGAAGAACGAAAACUAAGUCCAAAGAAACGCGCGAGAAUAUCCAAUAACUCUGCAAAACUUAAAAUUAAAAAGGAAAAAGGUACUACAAGCGUCGUCAAAACUAGUCCUAUUAAGGAAAUUGAAAAAACUCUGAAGAAAAAUAUAAAAAGUUCUGGCAACGAAAAGAAAAAUAUUUCAACGAAACAUACAAAAUCUAGAGACUCAUAUUUGAAAUCUGCAUGGAUUAAAAAGGAAGAGGAUGUCAGUGAUGUAAAUAAUAGUCCUGGGAAAGAAAGAAGAAGGAAACCAAAGGACCAUGAAAGAAUGUCUACAGACUUUAAUAGGCUUGGAAUUAAAAUUAAAAAAGAAGAGGGUGUCAGUGAUGUAAAUGAUAGUCCUGGGAAAGAAAGAAGAAGGAAACCAAAGGACCAUGAAAGAACGUCUACAGACUUUAAUACGCUUGGAAUUAAAAUUAAAAAAGAAGAAACACCGUCAUAACACACACAUACAAAUCAAUUUUGUUUUUUUAAUUAAUUCUUAAUAAGGGUAAAAAUAAAACGAUGUACAAUUUCAAUUUUUAUAAGUAAGUUGUAAAACAAAUUAGUGUAUAAGAUAUUUUAAUGAUAAGACUAAAUAGAUAUUGUACAUAAUAGAUAACACUGAUUAAAACUGAUAUCUAUAUGUAUAUUACAUACUUGUGUAAUAUACAUUACACACAUACAUAUUAACAUAUAUAUAUUUUUCUCUCGAUAAACAUAAAUGUAUUCUGCCAUGUUACAAUUUUUUCGAAUACUGUACAUUUG